AUGAGCAGGAACUACCUGUCCAAGUAUGAUGAACUCCAUAAGGGAGACUACCUCUGGUCCAACAACAAAGAGUAUAAGGCCGUAUUCCAGGAGGACGGUAACUUUGUGAUCUACGGCUGGAAGCAGAUCUGGUCAUCUGACACCGCUGGUGCGCGCGACGCCCACCGCCUGAGCCUGCAGGAGGACUGCGACCUGGCCCUGUACGGCCGGGACAGCCAGGUCGUGUGGCACACCAACACCCACCGGGCCGAAGGCUGCAGGGCGUGCCGACUCUGCCUGCGCAACGACGGCGUCCUGGUGCUGGAGCGGGACGGGGAGGAGGUCUGGUCCUCCGCCACGUCCCGCGGCCAGAAGUGA